CUUGCAAUCCCUCCCUAAUCCCACACGACUUCGAUCCUUCCAGUGGAGAACUAGAUCAUGGUAUUGAACAUGGCAUACCAAUGCCAAGGACAGCUAAAGAUUCAAAUGCAGAAGUAUCCAUUCCAGUACUUGACACAGUAAGGUCAUACGGAUUUUGUAAAUGCCUCAAUAAUUAGAACUAAUGAUAUGAGUUGUAGCUUCGGUUGUACAUUAUAAUUUCAAAAAGUUCUCAAAGUUCAUGGAGUGAUAGUGAUGCCAUUGAAUAGGCAUCGCCAACCUGGUUGAACUGGACAUCAUCCUAUCUCUAAAAAGUGAUAGUUAAGAUAUUUUCGCACCAAGUUCGUCACAGUUUCUACUUUUCUAAAUCCGCGUGACGAACGACACCAGCAUUUAUUAUAUGUCCUGGAAGCAUAAAUUCUUGAUGAUGCUUAUGAAAAUCCAUUAUCAAAGCAUUUAGUAGCUGGGUUCCUAAAGUGUUCAAAGGACCAUUAAAUCGAUAGAAAGAACAAAAUUUCACACUCGAGCAUCAAACUCUUGCAAAAAGUUUCGAUAAUGAGUACUCUAUUCAUGACUCUUCAUGGAGAUACUGUCUGCAGAUGCAUAAUUUAGCUGGGUCACUGUUUUCUUCAAACAGAGGGACCCUUGAGUGAACCAAAUGAACCCACAAAGACUGGUUGGCUAGUUGGCAGGGGAUUUAAAAAAACAAAUACAAACUCGAAAAAGCAAGAACCUAAAGAAGCAGUCCAAGUUCAGUGCUUAAGCAAGUAAACUAAAAAUGGAGCUUAAAUAUUUUCUUUAAUUGAAGACAUACUACAUGUUGCCAAGAACAUGCCCAACAUCAAUAAUUUAGUGCUUUUUUUUGCAUUAGAGGCUCAAGGAUUCACAAGUUGCCAUUCCUUUUUCUAUUUUUCGUUUCUAACAUUUGUGCAAGCAAAUGGUAGGCCAUUGUGUUUUGCACUAAACAAGGCAAACCAUGUGAGAUAUUGCCAACUUCUUCACCUGCUAUGUUUUUCCCCCCUCUUCUUACCUUUCUACUUAUCCAUGACAAAAAUUCUAUAUAUAAAUACAUAAACACUCACUCAGUGACUCAAAGCUCACUACAAGUACCAUAACAAGUCCUUUCAAAUCCAGUUCAAAAGGCAAUUCAAAAACAGGGCCUCUUCUUUCUUCUAAUCCUACAGAGAUGGGAAUCCAUUUGACAGGAAUAGCAAACGCAAAGCAAAAGCUACAGAGAACACUUUCGGAGAAAUACGGGAUUGGAUCGGCGGUCACGAAUGUUCCUAAAGGGCAUUUCGCAGUGUACGUAGGAGAAACAAGGAAGAAGAGAUUUGUUAUUCCGAUAUCGUACCUGAAUCAUCCAUUGUUCAAGGAUUUGCUGAACCUAGCGGAAGAGGAAUUUGGAUUCGAUCAUCCAAUGGGCGGCCUCACGAUUCCUUGCAGCGAAGACUACUUCAUCAGCUUAACUUCAUCCCUAAAUUGUUCAUAAAUUCGCAAGCUCCUUCAAAUUCUGCUCUAAUUUGACAUUUUCUUGCUUCGAUUCUGUGUUUUUAGUCAGAGAAUUGAAAUCGAGAGAUUCAAGCAAAGUUGGUCUCUGUGAAUUUUGUAUCAAUUUUUUUUUUUUUUAAGAAUUUUUUUUCA